UGAGCAAAAAGCAGGUUCAUGCCUGGAGCCUUCCAGGCUCCUUUUCACUCAGUGCUCAUCUGCUUGUGCAACCACAGCUGCAUUCUCCCGCUGCCUGGAGAGGAGGAAGGAGCAGCCCCUGCUGCCGAGGUGGCUCCAGCUCUCCACGAGCGAGCAGGAGACAGCGUUCCCAAGGCCGGCUGGCUGCAGCUGAGGAGACAGCACUCAUAGACCAUCCUUUGAUUAGGAUGUGUCCGUGUUGUCAGGGCAACUGUUAACAGCGGCGUAUCAUAUUUUCUCCUCUUGUAGUGCGUGCUGAAUAUUUUAGCGCGCUGUGGCUGGAAGAAGGUUGCAGGGAAGAAAGUGCUGCUGCAAGGAACCUGGAGCUGUGGUCUGGGAUCUGAUUGAACAGGUUAAGACAGUAAAGAGGAGCAUCCGACCCAAUGUGCCUUUAAUUAGGGCUUUUCUUCAAGGAGGGGAACGACUGCGAGCCUCUCGCUGCCGACUGGAUGUUGGUGUUUGUCAGCUGUUUGCAUACUGCUUAUCCAUAGGGGAUCUGUUACAAGUGCUCAAAUGAACAGACAGCGCUGCAGCUAGUGCCUAAUCAGAGGCUGGAGUUUCCUACUUUUUUUUUUUUUUUUAAUAAGCAAGAGGCAACAGCAACAUGCCUGGUUCAACUACUGCCCUCCGACAAGAGAGACUGAAGAAAAGUGCCAGGCCAAAUCCCCCAGGUUUAUUCACCAUUAAUGAAGAGGAUGAGCAGCAAAAAAAUGGGAAUUCCACAAGACUGAACGCAACAGAAGGUUCUGAAACGCAAGAUAAGAAAGUCACUUCAGGACAAAGCAACGCUGGAACUAAACCAGAUCAUCCAACAGUACUAAAGGUUGAUGACAGGCAACGGCUUGCCAGAGAACGGAGAGAAGAGCGAGAAAAACAGCUAGCUGCAAGAGAAUCCGUCUGGCUAGAACGAGAAGAGAGAGCACGGCAACAUUAUGAAAAACACCUAGAGGAACGCAGAAAGAAGCUAGAAGAGCAGAGACUAAAGGAAGAGAGAAGGCGAGCUGCCGUAGAGGAAAAGCGAAGGCAGAAACUAGAGGAAGAUAAGGAACGACAUGAAGCUGUUGUACGUCGCACAAUUGAAAGAAGCCAGAAGCCAAAACAAAGGCAAAACAGGUGGUCCUGGGGAGGAGCACUACACAACCGCAUUAACAACGCAGCUCGCCGUCUCCAGCUCAGUCCAUGGGAGAGCAGCAUCGUUAGCAGGCUCCUGACGCCCACACACUCAUUCCUGGCUCGGAGUAAAAGCACAGCUGCAUUGUCUGGAGAUGCAGCAUCUUGCAGCCCCCUCAGCCCUCUGUCCUACAAGGCCAUGAACUGUAGGAAUUCAGGAGAACGAGCAAAACUUUAUGCUUCUACUGAUGCCGUUGGACGUCGGCGAACAACGCACCUUGCAGGGACUGACAAAAGAGAAAAGGACCAUUUGUCAUCCAGCUUCUCAGCCAACUUUAAAGGAGGUCAUUUUACUUCCAGCCUCAAAGCUAGAUCAUCAGCUCCCUCUCCAGUUUGGCAUGCAUCAAAGUCUUUGCCUUUUUUGCCUGGGACACCCAAGCAGAUAACUUCCCCACCUGGUUCCUCCAAAGUUUCCUCUGCUCAGACACGUCCUCCCUCUCCUGGCAACAUCCGGCCAGUCAAAAAAGAAAUCAAACCAGAGAGUGAGAAGAAAAGACAAGAAAAGGAGGCUGAAAAGGCCAAUGAGGUGAGGACAGAAGAGGGUAAAGGAGCAUCAGCAGGUGCUGGAGAACCCGCGAGUCAGGAACAGCUCACUGUCCAAGCAGAGCUAACUCAAGCAGCCAGCCCAUCCCUACCUCCUGCUCCACCAGCUCUUUCUCCAGCUCCAGCACUGCCCAAGCCUUCUGCAGGUACAACUGACCCUGAAGAAGCAACAAGGCUGCUGACUGAAAAGAGGCGCCUUGCUCGUGAGCAGCGGGAACGGGAGGAGCAGGAAAGGAGGGAGAGAGAAGAGCUUGAAAGACAAAAGAAAGAAGAGUUGUCCCAGAGGAUAGCUGAAGAAAGAGCUCGCCGCGAAGAGGAGGAAGCUCGCAGACAAGAAGCAGAAAAGCAAAGGAGGGAUGCAGAGGAGCGGGAAAAGGAGGAACGACUGCGCCGCCAGGCAGAAGAGAGAGAGCAGAAGGAGAAAGAAGAGAUGGAGCGCAUUCAGAAACAAAAGAGGAAGCUCGCCUGCGGGGAAGCUCGCCUGCGGGAAGAGGCCGAGAGGAUUCGAUUAGAACGUGAAAAGCAUUUCCAAAGAGAAGAGCAAGAGCGCUUGGAAAGGAAGAAGAGGCUUGAGGAGAUCAUGAGGAGAACUAGGCGUGUAGAAGCCGUAGAUAAGAAAUCCAAUGACCAGCAAAAUGGACAUAUAUCAAAGGCAAAUAUUACUGGAGAAGCAGUUGCAGCCAGCCCUGCAUCUCCGUCGGAGCCUGCAGCAGGGCCUCAGCUCCAGCACGCAGCGCUGCCACCUCCGCACAACGGGACCCCGGCCGCCUGCACCCGCGUGGUGCUGCCGCAGCAGCCCCCCGGAAACGUGGACAGCAAUCUCAAUCCAGAGAAAAAUGCAAAUGAAAACGGAAUGUCUAUGCAGAAUGAUAACUUUGAAGAGAUCAUGAACCUGCCUCUUGGUUCUAAACCAUCCCGGCUGGAUGCUAUGAACAAUGAUGGCAGCAAUAGUCCCGAAAUUCCUUUGAAUCCAAUUCUAGCCUUUGAAGAUAAGGGGACUCUUUUGCCUCAGGUAGAUAGUGUUCAAACACAUCAAACAGCAGAAGUGAUCUGAUUGUUUCUUCUGAAGAACCAAAGGUGAUAUGAGCGUCUCUGCAGUCAGUGGAGUUUCUUCCAUGCAAUGAAGGAGUGUUUUAUUUUUCUCUCCAGUUUUUUAAAGAUUUCUUGAAUACUUUUUUUGGAAGGACUUUAGUAAAACCAGCAGAAGAAAUGAGGGGAAUAGACUUGGAUCACCAUUCUAAUAGCUUUCAUCACUAGAAAAAUCAUGCUUCACAUGCGUUACUUAAUAUGGCUAUUUCCAACAAGCUUUUUUUGUUAGUAAAUGAAUAUUUCUUAAGACACAAGACACUGGAAUCUGAAAGUAACGGGCUGAUUUGGGUGGUGGGACUGAUUCUUUUUUGUUUUUAAAAAGGUGGGUGUUGGUUUAAAAGGCAUAAUUGUAAAAUUGGCAAAGAAUCUUUUACACUUUGUGGUUCUAAUACUUGAAAAAUAAAUGCCUCAUUGCUCUACAAGUAGAGUUAAUGAGGUGUUUUAUUUAAACCUGUUGGUUUAAAUGUUAUUGCAGAGAACUCUAAUUAUGGGGGCAAACUAUAGGCUUCUGUAUCAGGUUCUUGUAAAUGUAAUUCCUACAGGGACAUUCUGUAAAUUGAGACGUCACUAUGAUUUUCUCACGUUUUCUCUAAAAACACAAAACAAGACAGGUUUUAAAAUGUGAAAAUUUGAAAGCGUUAUUUUUUCAUGGACAAGAGUAAAAACUAUUGUUCUCCUAGAUUAUGUAUUUAUGAAUUUUGCUCAGUACAGAAAGAAAUCAUUUAAUUGAAUAAAUUAGACAAAUGUGGUAAAAAAGAUACUGCAAACUUGAUUUUUUUUUUUAGUUACAUCCAAUUUCACAAUACUAUAAAAGACGUGUAUGCAUAUGUGCACACACAUACAGUGAAAUACCUUGUUCUGAGUCCUGUAAAUUGCUGCUGUUCCCAAUGAUGGAAGACUUUUCCUUUGCCUUAUCAGACUAUUGAAGACUGUGUGAAACCUGGGAUAUUUGAGUUUUGGAUGAUGAUGCAGGUUUGGGGAUUUCUGGGGUUUGCUCGUUUCAGAGCAAAUGGAAAAUGGUCAUUUUGCUUUUUUAUGUAGUGUGUGGUUUUUAUAAAGCAGUGCAGUUCGAGUGAUAAGAGGAGCGAUGCAGGUUGCUUUCUCUUUAGUUUGAUGCUGAUUUCUACUGUCAUUCAUUGUUCCAUCCCACACUUUUGGUUGCUGUUGUGCAGAACUGUAAAAUCUUGCACGUUUUUGUGCUUUGCUAAACAAUGCUGUUGGAGGCAGAGCUCGCUCUGGGUGUUUGGGUUUGAAGCAUCGCCGAAGGCUUGAGGCAUUGCUGUCUGAAUCACUGAGAAGAUCCUUGGGUAGGGGAAAUGGAGGUUCAUGGGCUCUCAGCUCCUGCUAACAGAGAAUGUACCAUUAAGAUUCCUGCACUUGCCUUUAGUGUGCACUGAGCAAGGCCUCUGGGAAGCUGUGCAGAAAGUCUGUGCUAGCAGAAGAAAUCCUCUGAGAUAAGAGCCGAAGAAUUUUUGAAGACAUUUCUGCUGCUGCCAAGUGUUCAUCUUAUAGAGGAGAUGGGAUAAAAGCAAUGGAAAUCAAAUGAAAGAGACUUCAUCUGCCGAAAUAUUUAUGGAAAGGAAAAAACAGCCAUCCACUCAGAGUGCUUUCAAUAGUAACUUGUGACACAGUAAAAUGAAUUGGGUUCCUUUCUUGCUUUCUUUAGUUUUCCAUGUACAUAGCCACAAUAUUUUGAAGUGUCCAAAAUAUGUAGUUUUUCUUUAAAACUAUAUAUAGCAUGUAAGUACCAAAUAAAACUUGUUUGAAAUAUUUA